ACUUGGAAGUGUGCUUUCCUAGCGGAGACUCCCUUAGUUUGCUCUAUCGUACGAACGCAGCGUUAAACAACUCGCCGAGGCUUCCGCCUAACGCGGUCUGAGACGAGUCCCUGCGAACGUGAGUGUCCUCCGUGCGGUGCAUCGAGAGAUCUGAGGCAUAAUGUGAGUCAGAAAGCUCCAAAACUGGUCUUUCAUGCUUAAGCCCUCCUACCAAUGAUUUCCGUCAAGUUGUUUGGACGUGAAGGCAAGCUCAGCAGAGAGAUGAGGCUCAUGAAGUGGAUGCAGGAGGGAGCUCUCGAAACCUCUGAGAUUCCAUAUCGUCAUGAUCGGCUCGGAUUGCCUAGACGGAUGAGCUGGACCUUGGGAUUCACGCUGGCCGUUCUGGCUUUCAUUUGUCUUUUGAGUGGAGCGAUCCUGACCGCAAUUGUGUUCACCGAAGUGAGACCUCCGACUGCUGACGAAAAUUAUAACCGUUAUCUCGGAUCAGACUACCGGAGGAUCAUCGGACCGAUUUUAAUGAUCAUGUCACUUGUGCUCAUCGUGACUGGGCUCAUUUGCGUGGUGUUCCGGAGGAUAUCUCACCUACGGGACAAAGAGUACAUGGCUAUUUACCAACAACAGGUCUACUCUCAGCGACAGCCUGACUAUUCCUCACGCGGUCCCCAGAGACCGCAACAACGACAGCCAGAUCAGCGAAGUGAUUCCAUGGAGAGCGUUUCGACGCGAUGAGCGCGCAAAUCCAGAGCGAAAAGCAUCUGCCAUCAUGAAAUUACCCGCGAACGCGCAGAGAAUUACUGUAGAUUCCUCUGUAUAUAUGGAACUCGAAAUUGGUUCUCAAAAUGAAAAAAGAAAACGUCGCUUACAGUAAACAUCU